CAUUUCAUUCUGAUAAUAUUCAAUAUUUUUGAGAUUUUUUUCAAGUCCCAAAGAAACCCAUCCCAACAUCUUGGGAUCAGUUAAUUAAAAAAAACACUGAUAAUCAUACUUUUUACUUAUUCUACAAGCGACAACAACAUCAACAACAAAAAAAGAUUAGGAUUGUUAUCUCCCCACAACGGCCACACUUAAGAAAUCAUGUUAGUUUCACAAUACCCUUGGCAACGGGCAGUACUAGCUGUGGUCCAUAGACUCUUUGACAGAUCGCAGGGCAUAAAAAACAUGCACACUCUUAAGCAAGGUAUUCUAGUUGGCUGUGGCAAUCCAUUGCUGGACAUUUCCGCCAAUGUCGAGGAAGACUUAUUACAAAAGUACAAUCUGAAACCAAACGAUGCCAUUUUGGCCGAGCCAAAACACAUGCCCCUGUACAAGGAGCUAAUUGAAAAGUAUAAAGCUGAAUUUAUUGCUGGCGGUUCGGUUCAGAACUCACUGCGUGUCUGCCAGUGGAUUUUACAAAAACCCAAAAUUGCCACAUUCUUUGGCUGUGUUGGCAGUGAUGAUUAUGCCAAAAUUUUAGAAGAAAAUGCCACCAAGGAUGGCUUAAAUGUUCGAUAUCAAUAUAACACAGAGGCGGCGACCGGUACCUGUGCCGUUCUUGUAACCGGCACUCAUCGUUCGUUGUGUGCUAACUUGGCUGCAGCAAAUAAUUUCACACUGGAUCAUUUGCAAAUUCCCGAAAAUAAGAAGUUAUUGGAUGCUGCUGAAUACUAUUAUAUAUCGGGCUUCUUUUUGACCGUAAGUCCACCCAGCAUUAUGGAAGUUGCUCGCCUGGCACACAAACACAAUCGUACAUUUAUGAUGAACCUAAGCGCUCCAUUCCUAUCACAAUUCUUCAAGGAACCCAUGAUGGCCGCCCUACCCUAUGUCGAUAUACUGUUUGGCAACGAACAAGAAGUCGAGACCUUUGCCAACGAACAGGGCUGGACAACCAAAGAUAUCAAAGAGAUUGGCCGUAAAUUGGUGGCCCUACCCAAAGAGAAUGGCCAACGUGAACGUAUUGUCAUCAUUACUCAGGGUCAUUUGCCGGUCUUGCUCUUCAAGGAUGGCCAGAUCAGUGAAUUCGAGGUACCGCAAUUGUCACGCGACGAAAUGGUCGAUACAAAUGGUGCCGGUGAUGCCUUUGUGGGUGGUUUCUUGGCCCAAUAUGUGCAAAAGAAGUCAUUGGAUGUUUGCAUACGUUGCGGCAUUUGGUCGGCGGGGGAAAUUAUUAAACAAAGCGGUUGCACAUUUGAGGGUAAGCCAUCGUUUGAAGAGCAGCAGUGAAGGGGGAAGCAUCUUGAACAUGCAUGUCAGCCAUGUGUGUUUUAAACAAAAAACAAUGGCCUUUCAAAUUGAACUUAAUUAAUGUAGUUAUCCUUAACAACAACAACAACAAUAGCAACAACCAUGGGCAACAACAUUUACUUAUGCUAAGUAGUAAAACCUCCACUUCCAGCCGUAUAUCUUCCCAAAUAAAAGUUGUGGGUUUUUAUACUUUAAUAUAGAGAAAUUUGUUUAUAUAUAUAUUUUUUUGUAUUUUAUACACAUAUGUAUGUAUAUAAUUUUUGUUAUUUUUUGGGAAAUAAAAACGACUUUGGAAUUAA